AUGAAAUUGUCCGUUGUAAGAGGAAAUAACGACCAUACAUCUGGUCAAACAUCGAUCGCCAUGGAAGCUGACACCUAUAAUGAGCAGCUUGGGGACAUGAUUGAGCUGUUUCAAGAGUACAAGUCCGGCUCUGUUACUCUAGAAAACAUUACCAAACUUUGUCAAACGUUAGGGUUGGAAUCAUUCAUUGAUGAUAUAGAUGCACAGACAGCAAGGUUAUCGACAGCCUCCAAGAUAAUUGUUAUUGAUAUUGAUUUCAGUAAACACCAAAAAAAAGUGACUGACGUGAAAUUAGUGUUGGCUUCAAACUUUGACAACUUUGAUUAUUUUAUCGAUGAUCAACAUUCUAGCUCGCCAAGUAACAAUAUAUUGCUCAAUUCACUAACCCAGUAUCCUGAUCUGCAUGAAUUCCAUAGUAAUUUGAAAUUUCUUCAUCUUUUGGAUAAUUUUUCGAAUGUAGACAUAGAUCCCACCAAUACUUCAAGCAGUAAUAAUUUUGGAUCAAACAACAGUUCGAACGAAAAUGGUGGGUGUUCGGGUAAACUUGACCUUUUCAAGUACUAUACAGAAUUAGCGUCAUUCAUUCAACAAGAUUUUUCCCACAAUGGUGCUCCUUUUACUGUUGCUACGAAUCUUGGUAACAGCUUCGGUAUUUACAUAUUAAAUGAGAACCAAAAAGUGUUGGCCCGAAUCUAUCUUGAGAAAUCUAGAGACCCCAAGCAUAGACUUUACGAGUUUGUUUUCGCGGAAGAAAAGAUGGAUUGGAUCAAUCUUAGUUCUGAAAAUUAUACCUGUGGAGUGUCAUUAGUGGCAGAAAUUUUAUCUCAAGAAGAUUUGUUCCCUCAAAAUUUCAUAUUAUAUGAUUCAAUGGUUGUUAAUUAUAAAAUGGUGAGUGAUGCACACUCUGGUAUUCAAGAAACUGGGAAGUUGAAUGACUGGAUUUCAGAAAACAAAUAUAACAUCAAAAUUAACGAUAAGCUUCAAAUUAUGAAUGACUUCACCACAAAGUUGAUUAAAGUGAAAGUGUUUGAUAUUAGUAACGACAAUAUCGAUAUUCUCAGAGACAUCUUGAAUUGGAUUCAAUGGUCGGAGACCGUAUUGAAGCAACUGCAUUCGCUUCUAUUUCCGUCAGUCAGCAUGUCAGAUGACGAAAAAAAUGACAUAUUGGGUGGAAACCUUCCUGGUAUGUCAACAUCAACUCGUGGAAGGCGAAGGUCCUCAGUUGAUCAAAAGAGAAGAAAGCAUCCAAAUAAAAUCAGGCGACCCAGUGCGACCGAAUCAGUAAUGCUUAAGGAUGAGGGUUUACAACAGUUCAAUUUACAUGAAAUUAUGACAGACUCGAGUUCGGAUUUGAAAUCAAUUGCAGGAACAUCAAAAAGAGAUGCUUCUAGUACAGAUCAGGACGUCAAAAUGGACUUAGACCCAAAUAAUCUUUCGGUUGAGGAAUCAACGCAUCUGCUGCAAUUGGUUAUCAGUGAGGACAGCAUAUCAUUGAACAAAAUUGCUAAUUGCAGUCUCUAUGAGGACCCGAAAAACUGGAAAACAUUUAUGGAUAUUCUAAAAAUUCAUAUAUAG